GCUGCUGCUGUGCGGGGGUGGUGGUGGCGGCUCGGGGUGCCUCUGAAGCCCCAUCCCUCCUGCUCGGGUGGCCCUCGCUUGUUGGGCCGAGGCUGCAGCCCGGCGCGUCGGGGGACAGCGGUGGCGGGUGAGCAGUGCACGAUGAGACUCGUGUAACGGUGACAACGGACUGAACAUGGACGCUUUGAAUGUCAGCAACGCAAACGGCUCUGCGGGCUUACUCCACGCGGUGGGAGAAGCCGCCCAGGGCUCUCACCAAAACCAGACCCAGCGCAACGUUUCCUGCCCGACUCGGCAGCAAGUUUCAGACCUUGCCGUGUCCCUGCGGAUCGCCCUCUACUCGGCGAUCUUCCUGCUCAGCGUGGUCGGCAACGGCAUGAUCAUCGCGGUGCUGGCCUGCAACCGGCGCAUGCGCACGGUCACCAACGUGUUCCUGCUAUCACUCGCCGUCAGCGACCUGUUGCUCGUGCUCUUCUGCAUGCCCUUCACGCUGGUGCCCAACCUCAUGAAGGACUUCAUAUUCGGCGAGAUGGUGUGCCGGGCCGUGGCUUACCUCAUGGGUCUCUCCGUGAGCGUCUCCACCUUCAGCCUGGUGGCCAUCUCCAUCGAGCGCUACGGCGCGAUCUGCAACCCGCUGGCGUCGCGCGUGUGGCAGACGCGGUCCCACGCGCAGCGCGUGAUCGCCGUCACUUGGAGCCUCUCCAUGCUGCUCAUGAUCCCAUACGCGGCGUUCUACGACCUGCUCGUCUUCACCAAGCGUGACGGCACCACGGGCCAGAUGUGCCGGAUGGCGUUGACCAACGUGGCGCUGCAGCAGGCCUGGCAGUUGUUUCUACUGGUGGCGCUAUUCCUGCUGCCCGGCCUCAUCAUGAUGGUGGCCUAUGGACUCAUCUCCUGGGAGCUGUACAAGGGCAUCAAGUUCGAGAGUCGGCAGAGGAGAGAGACCGAGGAAAUAAAGCAAGGCGCAAGGUACGCUUCUGGUUCUGACGGCUACAGCGAUGGAGGCGAUGAUGGUGAUGGGGAUGGUGAUGGAUGCUACGUUUCCCCAAGUCGCUCCGCCAUCGAGAUGGGCAAUCUGCAGCAGCAGCAGCAGACAUCCCUGGCACAUCGCAACCCGUCUCUGAAUAAAUCCACGAGACGGAGCGGCGAGAACGCGGAUUGCGGCUCCAAGCCCAUCGACCGCGCUCGCAGCACUGCCUCGGAAGCCAACCUCCUGGCCAAGAAGCGCGUCAUCCGUAUGCUCAUCACCAUCGUGGUGAUGUUUUUCAUCUGUUGGACGCCGGUGUUCAGCGCAAACGCUUGGCGAGCCUUCGACAAAUGCAGGGCGAGCCAGGUCCUCUCCGGCGCUCCGAUUUCCUUCAUACACCUCAUGUCUUACGCCUCCGCGUGCCUAAACCCCAUCAUUUACUGCUUCAUGAACAAGCGCUUUAGGCAGGCGUGCACCGCCACGAUCUCGCGCUGCUGCGCCUCCGUCUGCUGCUCGCCGAAGGGCGCCGCCAAAGGCGCUCGCUGCACUCACGGGGGCACGCCCUCGGGUAAGUGGCCGGAUUUGAGGGAACCUCGGGGGAUCGUGGCGCGAGGGCGGACGUGGGUUUGGGACCUGCGGUCUUGGGGAACUCGGGGCGGCGGCGUUCGACUGGAGGCUAGCGGGGAGGAGGACGGGACUGGGACGAGCGCGUCCAUGUCCCGCUACACGUACACGACUGUGAGCACCGUGGGCUAAAUCGGAGGAGCGGUGGCGUUACGAAUGGCGUUUGUGCGCGCGUCAUAGAGUCGUGCGGUGCGUGGUGUGGACUGCCUAUUCGCAUGGGCUGCUUUAAGUGAUGUGCAUAUUUGUGUCGCCGUUCACUCGCAUGUGUACGUGAGGUGUCCCGUGCGUAUUUUUAUCCGUGGGUUGUGUAACACGCGUUCUGCCGUUGUCGACGUGCACAGACUCGUUGCUGUUGGGGUUUUGUGUUAGACAUCCACUCUUGUCAGCAGUAUCCUAGGGCUGUGGGUCACGUGGAAGAGACCAAAUAUUGCCGGGGACGCUAACGGCGGUCACCGUACGGGCGAUACCGGUCCUGACAUAGGAUUUAGGAAUUUCCCAGCGCUCGCCAUCUGCUUCAGAGCCAGCGAUGGAUAUGGCCACUGACGCACGCUCAUCGGAGUAACCCCGUCGUCUGAUCGUGCCAAGUCGCGUGCUCGUGCAGAGACGCAUUCGUGCAGGUCUGAACAUUUGUCACCCCGCGCUCCUCCGAGACCCACUUCCAUCACAAAUGCGCCGCACUGAUCACACGGGGAACGCUCUUUGGGAAUAAUGACGCUCAAGUCUGUCGUAAAAGCUGGCUCAGACUCGAAAGAUGGGUUUCCGAACAUCUGCCGGUAACUUUGGGUUAGGACUUGGACCUUGUACCAGAGUACGAUUGAAGUGUAUGCUUGCGCUCCACAUAUCGUGCCGUAGAACGCUGCUUCAAAUAAUGUAAUCAACAACCAUCACAGAUAAGUAAACUCGCACGUACAUUGAAGCCUGUUCGUUAUACUGUAUAUCGAGUGUCAAGGAAUAGAAUCGGCCUCGCUUUCAGCUCCAGUUAAACUUAUGCUGUUCACACAGAGCAGGUGAGCUGCAUGUAUGGCCUGGUUCACCAAAGUAUGCGGUGUGUUCUGGCUUCAUUGGGGGUGCUUUAAUCACGCGGGCUCUGUAUCCCUGUAUAUGUUGGUCACAACCAAAAGCCGAUGACACACGGAACUCGCGUCGUUUGUGUAAACCCAGGAGCGUGAGGUCAGAGGCAUGUAUCAAAAGCCAACUUUGGCACAUUCAUACGUAUAAAAAAAGUGUAACCUUGCAUUUAAUAAAAUGUACAAGAUUAAA